AUGAGCCUUAGAAAGGUGUUGGUCUUCGGCCCAACUGGGGGAGUUGGCUCGAUCGUUGCUCGCACAGCUCAUUCUCUUGGAGCCAAAGUCUUUCUCGCAAUGCGCGAUACCUCAAAGUCCAUCCCCGGUCUAAGUCCUGCCGAAGAACAAAAGUCCAACCUUUAUGAAAGAGUCCAAGCCGACCUCAGCCAGCCAGACUCCAUCCGCGCUACGGUAUCCAAGACAGGCGCAACACACGCCUUCAUUUAUGCCACUCUCGGGGCAUCUCCGGACCAUAUGCGGUCCACCGCCGAGGCACUCAAGGCAGGGGGUGUCAAGCGUGUGGUCCUUCUGAGCAGCUUCGCUGUACAAGGCGAUAUUCGGACAGUUCAGCCAAGCAACUAUAUCGGUUACGAGCACGCUCAGGUUGAGAUAUCGCUAGAGGAUGUUUUUGGGCCGCAGGGAUACGUGGCGGUACGGCCAUCCUUCUUCGCGAGCAAUUCCCUUUGGUGGCAGAGGCAGAUUAUAGAAGACAAGGAGGUGAAAUGGGCCUUUCCAGACCUCAAGUUCGACUACAUCACCCCGGAAGACAUUGGCGCAGUCUGUGGGACGAUUCUCGCUGGGACAAUGGAGGGUGAGCAUGAAAGCCCCAUUUUCCUACUCGGAGCAGAGGAGGAUUUGACCGUGGCCGGUGCUAUCGAGGCGAUUGCAAAUGCAAUUAAACAGCCGGUGAAAGUGACAAAAGUCAGCCCGGACGAGCAUAUGCAGACUUUGAUUUCCAAAAGCGGUCUGCCAGAGCCAAUGGCCAAGGUCCUGACAUCGAACUUUGCGGGAUUGAAUGAAAGGCAGGCAAAUGUCAAUGAGCCACUUGACCCGGAACUCAAGGCAAACGUUGAAAGGAUUCUUAAGAGACCAACGAUGAGAUUCGCUGAAUGGGCGGAGCGCAACAAGGACAAGUUCGAGGCUUGA